CCGAGGCUCUGGGGCCGCAGCUGCUCGGCUGCUGGACUCGCCGCGGCCCUGCGCCUCCGCCCGCCCGGCCGCGCCCCCGGGGGCCAUGGUCGCGGGGCCCUGCGCGGGGGCGGCCCCCAGCGCGGCGCUUCAUGGAGCGGCCCCGGCCCGGCCGCCGGGGGCAGCGCGAUCCCGCGGGGCCCUGUGAGCCCCCAGCGCCACGGCACCAUGUUGCUGGUUGAGAAGACGACAGACUCACCGGCGGCCGAGUUCUCGCUGGUGGAGGACGUGGCAUUGCACUUCGCCUGCUUGAUGGGCCGCCUGAAUGAGCAGCGCCUCUUCCAGCCUGACCUCUGCGACGUGGACCUGGUGCUGGUGCCCCAGCGCAGCGUCUUCCCGGCACACAAGGGCGUGCUGGCUGCCUACAGCCAGUUCUUCCACUCCCUCUUCACCCAGAACAAGCAGCUGCAGCGCGUGGAGCUGUCCCUGGAGGCGCUGGCGCCCGGCGGCCUGCAGCAGAUCCUCAACUUCAUCUAUACAUCCAAGCUGCUGGUCAACGCGGCCAACGUCCACGAGGUGCUCAGCGCCGCCUCAUUGCUGCAGAUGGCUGACAUCGCCGCGUCCUGCCAGGAGCUGCUGGAUGCCCGCUCCCUAGGCCCCCCGGGCCCCAGCGCUGUGGCCCUGGCCCAGCCGGCCACUGGCUGCGCCCCGGCCGCACCACCCUACUACUGUGACAUCAAGCAGGAGGCAGACGCCCCAGGUCUGCCCAAGAUCUAUGCCCGCGAGGGCCCUGACCCCUACUCUGUGCGUGUCGAGGACGGGGCAGGGGCCGCAGGUGGCACGGUGCCUGCUGCCAUUGGGCCAGCCCAGCCCUUCUUCAAGGAGGAGAAGGAGGGUGGUGUCGAAGAGGCCGGUGGGCCCCCUGGCAGCCUGUGCAAGCUGGAGGGCGGGGAGGGGCUGGAGGAAGAGCUAGGGGGUUCUGGCACCUAUAGCCGCCGGGAGCAGUCCCAGAUCAUCGUGGAGGUGAACCUCAACAACCAGACUCUGCACGUGUCCACGGGGCCCGAGGGGAAGCCGGGCACCACCCCGGGCCCGGCCACCAUGGUGCUGGGGCGGGAAGACGGGCUGCAGAGACACUCAGAGGAGGAGGAGGAGGAAGAGGAGGAGGAGGAGGAGGAGGAAGAAGAGGAAGAGGAGGGUGGUGGCAGUGGAGGGGAGGAGGAGGAGGAGGAGGAAGAGGAAGAGGAGGGUGGCAGUCAGGGAGAGGAGGAAGAUGAGGAGGAAGGGCACAGCGAGCAGGAGGAGGAAGAGGAGGAAGAAGAGGAAGGGCACAGUGAACAGGAUCAAGAGAGCUCAGAGGAGGAGGAGGAGGAGGAGGAGGGGGAGGCAGGGGGCAGGCAGGGGCCGGCGGGGCGUCGGGGCAGCAGGGCAGAGCCCCCUCCCCACGGUCGCAUGGCCACUCGGUCCCGAGAGAACGCCCGGCGCCGGGGCCCCCCUGAGCCUGAGGAGACCAGGCCACGGGGUGGGAAGAGGCCCAAGCCCGCGCCGGGAGCCUCUGCGCCGGCCCGAGGGCCACAGGCCACUGACGGGCUGGGGGCCAAGGUGAAGCUGGAAGAGAAGCAGCACCACCCAUGCCAGAAGUGCCCUCGCGUCUUCAACAACCGCUGGUACCUGGAGAAGCACAUGAACGUGACCCACAGCCGCAUGCAGAUCUGCGACCAGUGUGGCAAGCGCUUCCUGCUGGAGAGCGAGCUGCUGCUGCACCGGCAGACAGACUGCGAGCGCAACAUCCAGUGUGUGACCUGUGGUAAAGCUUUUAAGAAGCUCUGGUCCCUCCACGAGCACAACAAGAUCGUGCAUGGCUAUGCGGAGAAGAAGUUCUCCUGUGAGAUCUGCGAGAAGAAGUUCUACACCAUGGCCCACGUGCGCAAGCACAUGGUUGCCCACACCAAGGACAUGCCCUUCACCUGUGAGACCUGCGGGAAGUCCUUCAAACGAAGCAUGUCUCUCAAAGUGCACUCACUGCAGCACUCUGGGGAGAAACCCUUCAGAUGCGAGAACUGCAAUGAGCGCUUCCAGUACAAGUACCAGCUGCGGUCACACAUGAGCAUCCACAUCGGCCACAAGCAGUUCAUGUGCCAGUGGUGUGGCAAGGACUUCAACAUGAAGCAGUACUUCGACGAGCACAUGAAGACCCAUACAGGGGAGAAGCCAUACAUCUGCGAGAUCUGCGGCAAGAGCUUCACCAGCCGACCCAACAUGAAGCGGCACCGGCGCACGCACACCGGCGAGAAGCCUUACCCCUGCGAUGUCUGCGGCCAGCGCUUCCGCUUCUCCAACAUGCUCAAGGCCCACAAGGAAAAAUGCUUCCGCGUCAGUCACCCCUUGGCCAGCGACGGCCCCCCUUCUGCCCCAGGCCUGUCCCCCACCCAGCCUCCGGCUCACGCACUGCCCCUGCUCCCGGGGCUGCCCCAGACCCUGCCGCCCCCGCCCCACCUGCCGCCCCCACCGCCACUCUUCCCCACCACUGCCAACUCCGGCGGGAGGAUGAGCGCCAACAACUGACUGCCGAACCGCGCGUGCGCGGGGCCUGGAGCCCGGGGGGCGCCUCUGGGAGGGACCCCCCCACCCCGCCCUCUCGUCUUUCCUGUGGGAGGGCAGCAGCACUGGCCUGGCACUGCCGCCCUCACCUCCAGAGGCGGCCGGACACAUGCUGCUCAAGGCCCCUGGCCCUGGGAGUGUUGCAGGCUGGUGGCCCCAGCGUGGGGGAAGGACACCUCACUCCCAAGGGCCCCCCCCCUUCAGUGACUCCUUGAAGCCUUUACUUUUUUUUUCUUGGAAGUGAAGGAAAAAGAAAAGAGGAAACUAUUUCCAGCACCGCCCUCCAGGUGAGGGGGGUGCUGGAGCAGCAGGUACAGCAGGGAGGGAGGGGCUGGGGAGCAGGUGUGACGGGUCACUCUGCUGAUGCCUAAGCCGGAGGGGGGUUGGCCAAGCCAAGCCUGGGUCAGCUUCGGUGGCUCAUCUCUGCCGCCCUUGUGCACCCUAACUUGCCCCCUCAUCCUGGGGAGUCUGGGGAAGAGUUGGAGUGCCAGCCACCCCCCACCCCCGGAAGGAGUCGUGGACCCAGUCUGAGGGCUGUGGACCCUGAGGCACAGAGCUUGAGUCUGGAUGCCUGUGAGCGUGUUGUGGAGGAAGUGGCGGAGUGUGAAGGCUGCAGACCCAGCUUUGCACCGUGUGCAGUGGGGUAGGCAGGGGCUGGACCCCAGGCAUUUGCUCUCCCGCCCACCACCCUGGCAGCAGGCACAGGGACCCUGAGCUGUACCAGGCUGCAUUGAGGUCCCUGAGUCCAGGAGAGGACAUCCCCAGAAGCGCUGGGCCUCAGGGGGCUGGGGGCUAGGCCCUGGGUGGGCAGACGGGCUGGCUCCCGCAGUGCCAGAUCCCAAGGGCUGCAGUCGAAGUCCCUGCAAAUGGGUGAACACCAGGGGCAGGGCCCUGAGAAGGAGGCAUAGACAAAAUGUUUUAAGGUUUCAAGGUGCUAUCAGUGGGGCAGGGGGCAGGGCUGCUGUUCACAGAGCACCCCGUCCCUCACCAGCUGCCCUGGUCGUCUCUCCCACACCAGAGAUGUGUGUGUGUCUGUCCCCAUCCCUGCUCUGAAGGCAGAGGCCUCAUCUUCCUAGGUCUGGCCACAACCCAGCAUCCCUGUCCCUCCUGGGCCUCUGCGGUGUGGGCAGGGUACCUGUAGCACUGUGGGCGAGAGGAACCUGCACAUUCAGGCCCCAGGGUGGGGGCAGGAGUUCUGGGGGAGACCCAGCCUGUGCCCAAUGCUUGCCCCCACGAGGCUGGCACUAAUAGGACACCCUUUUUUGUUGUCAUUUAACGUCUUUAUUCCUGCCUUUAAAAUGGGGAGGAAGGUUCCAUAAGCUACAUGUUUCCUAGUUAAGCUCUUUCCCUUUGUGUUUAUACGGUUUUGUUUGUUAUACUCUGCACCUUAAACCCCCACAACUACCCCCACACCACCACCUUCCCAAGCAUGGCUGGAGUGGGUAAGCCCAAAGGGGGACAGGGGCAGGGGGCAGGGGGGGAGUGGGCCCCAUCAGCCCAAGGGCUGAGGGGGUUGGAACCCCUCUGACCUCCUUGUGAGGCCCAUGGCGCUGGGGUGGGGGCUGGGGACAUUUUAAUCAUCAAUAAACGAAGCACUUUAUUCUGUACAGAUGUGGGCAGCUCCAAGAAGCCCAAGUGAUUUGAGGAUUCAUAAUCCAAGCUACACAGCCCUGAUUGUUCUCUGGGCACAGAGCGGGCAGUGCCCUGGCCUACUUGCAUUUGGGGCCGUGGCAGUAGUGCAAGCCAGAGCCUACAGACAUGCCCUCAGACACCCCUGCUGUCCUCUGGAGAGAGAAGGUGGGCCCCUCACUGAGGGAGGAAGGCUCCCUGUCAGGCUCCCAAUCGUGUAGCUCCCUUACCCCAAGGUUGAGGGUUCCAGGCUCCUGCUUUAUUAUAGCUCCCUCUCCUCCACCCCUUGAUCUCUGGGCUUCCAUGACGUCCUCAGGGUCCCCCGCCCCCCCUCUGUUUCCUCCUCUUCCUUGCUAUUUCUAACCUCUGGACCCAGUGCCUGGCAGCUCUUCAGAGCUGGCUCAUGUUUUCCCCGAAAAAGUUGAUCUCCCCCAAUGUGCUGUAGGUCGGGACCCCUUUGGGUUCCCCCAACCCCCUGUCGCUGACACCAGGGUCUCCCAUGGGGACUGGUGGUCUUGUCACCAGCUAGCCCCACUACAGCUUUAGUGAGUGAGCCGGGUGGGGAGAGGGCGGGGGGGAUGGGGGGGCUGGCCAGAUCAGGUCCCCGUGAGGCCACACUUUGAUAAGCAGAGGCUGGAGAUGGCUGUUGUGGGGGGAGCUGGUGUUGAAACCCUGUCCCAAGAUUUGGGUUUCCUGUUUUCAUACACCUCUCCUCUGAGGGUGGGGAUCCAGACAGCAGGCAGCCUGGGCUCUGGUCAAAAUGGUCCUUGUAGCUGUGGGUGGGCAUGGCCAAGCCCUCUCUUGGGAGGCCCCUGUCCCAGUGGGGUCAGGAGUCCUGGUCCCUGGUGCUAAAUGCUCUCUUCCCCUCAGGCCAGUGUGGGUGGGAGCUCCUUUCCAGCCAGAUCACAAGGGUCUGAAGCAAUAAUGGAACCUCAGCAGUGCCAGUAUGGGUAGGGGUUCUUGUUUUACCAGCUUUUCCUUUUCCUUUUUAUUUUUAAGACAUUAACAAGCACCUGGAUAUUGGAGUAAGGGGACUGGGGCGUCAUACCCACUUCCCAGGGCCUGUGGGGAAGGGGGCAGGGGAUCAUCACAUCCCACUAGAGAUGUACAGGGCGGAGGGGGUGGGGGGGGUGCCCCGGGUGCCCCUCAGUCCAGAUGGACUUCUCAGCCCAUUUGUCCAGAACUUGGGUCUGGAACCUGGGCCUGCCCCCUCCCCAGCUCCCCCUGGGCUCCCUGGUCUUGGGCCAGCUGGAGGUGAGCAGAGAGAUGAGGUGGGCCUCAAGACCCCUGACCACAGGCUGGAGUUAGAGCCUCAGCCUCUGAACUUGGCAGGUGCUGCCACCGCACUCCUCACUGGGGGCCCAGAGGUAGCUGUGUCAGGUGUGUGUGUGGACCCUUGGUGUCUAGGGCCCAAGUGCGUGGGGGAUAGCAGGAGGGUGAGGACAAGAGUGAAGGGGAAUAAAGUCAGUACAACUGUC